AUGUGCGCCGAUACGUUGAAGCCUAAAAGUUUACAAAAAAAGUCACAAGGUAGUGUUGAUGGCGAGAACACAGUUACACAAUCUGAUUCAAAGUUCAAAAUCAAAGGAAAAGCUCUUUCUUUGUUUACCAAAGGACAGGGAAAUAAAGAGUAUCAAGAUGAACCUGAACAACCGAUUCAGAGUAAUUACACUGUCGUUUUCCGUGAUGAUCCUUCAUCUCAACGGUCAACAGUCAUUAAACCUGGAGACUGGAUUCACCAAGGAACCGAGCCUUACCUGACUAUUCAAAUAACUGGACGUCUGCUUCCCCUUGGUUUACAAAUUACACUCAUAUGUGUACUACUCUGUUUAACUGGAUUAUUUGCUGGUUUAAAUUUGGGUUUAAUGUCUUUGGAUAAAAAUGAGCUCAAAGUGAUUGCUUUGAAGGGUGAUGAAGAUGAAAAGCGUUAUGCCAAAACCAUUGAGCCACUUCGUCGUCGAGGCAACUUUCCUCUGUGUACCAUUUUAUUGUCAAAUGUGGCCAUCAAUUCAACUUUAACUGUUCUUCUUGAUCAACUUACCAGUGGUAUACUGGCAAUUGCCAUAUCAACUAUACUUAUUGUUAUUAUUGGUGAUAUCGUGCCUCAAACUAUAUGCUCACGCCAUGGUCUUGCCGUUGGAGCUAAAACAAUCUGGAUAACAUAUCUAUUCAUGGCUUUAACAGCUCCACUUUCUUGGCCCAUUUCAAAGAUUUUAGACUAUGCAUUGGGCGAUGAAAUUGGACAAGUUUAUGAUCGGGAACGUCUUAUGGAGUUCAUUAGGAUAACUCGAGAUUAUUCACAAUUGGAACCAGCUGAGGUUAACAUUAUAUCUGGAGCUUUGGAACUGAAAAAGAAGACUGUUGGCCUUAUAAUGACCUGCCUUGAAGGCGUUUUCAUGCUUCCCUUGGCCACUCGGGUUUCACUGACAAUGGAUUUAAUUGGUAUUAAUUAUUACCAAAGAUUGGGUUCACUUUUGGGUUUCACUUUAAGGUGA